AUGUCGACGGUAGAUACCAGGUUUCCUGCUUUAUUAGAGCAGUUUACCGGUGAUUUGCAGAGUCCAAAUGAAGAUACACGUCGCCGAGCAACAGACGAGCUCUACGAACGUAUAGUUGCUCAAUAUGCUGAUGCUCCAUCUGAUGUUGUUACAAGUAUUGCUGAACAAGUACAAGAUUUUGUUCGAAAAAAAAUGAGUAAUCCAAAUGAUGUCAAUGAAAAUCGCGCAGCCCUUCUUGUUAUUCUUUGUUUUAUUUGUGUUGGACAAAAUUUCUACACUGAAUUAAGUAAUAAAUUAGAGCCAACAUUACGCGGUUAUAAACAAAUGUCCGUCGAUGCUAAUUUAUGUGAAUUAGUUGUCAAAUUAACAUGUAUUCUUGUCAAAGGUUGUGGUCGAAUGAGUAUUGAUCAGUUUUCUCAUGAUGUUCCUAAAGCAAUUGAACGCAUAUCACGCGAUGAAAAACAUGAAACAAGACGUUAUAGUGGUAUAACAAUUUUAAGAGAAAUAGCUCUUGUUGCUCCAUCACGUUAUUAUCAUUUAAUAACACCUGUUGAACAAUUUUUCGAACAACUUUUCGCUACAAUGACAGAUCCAAAACAAUAUAUUCGUGAAGCAUUUGCUGAAACAAUGCAUGCAACACUUAUUGUCCUUAUUGAUCGAGAACGUGAAGAACAAAAAAAUAAUAAUAGUGAAAUAACAACAGGAAAAGAUUUAACAAGCAGUACUAUAAGUCAUGCUAUUAGUACAGAAUCCAAUACGUUUAUUAAAGCAUAUAAUAUGGCUUAUACAGAAGCAAUGAGAUGUUUAACAGUUGAUACAAUAAAAAAUAAAAAUGCACAAAGAGAAGAUCGAAUUCAUGGAGGACUUUUAUUACUUAAUGAAUUAUUACGCGUAUCAGAUGUCAAAUUUGAAAAUAUUUGUCAAGAUUUAAUUCAUCCAUACAGUGCACCAAAACCAAAACCAAUUUCAUAUAAAGAUGUACAUCGUGCUCGUGUUGCUUUAACAUUUGAACGUACUGGUCCAUUAUCACCUAUGGAUAUAAUUGAUAAUCCUGAACAAUCUCAAAUUCAAGUACAAUCAUCUCUUAUUCGUUCGAUUAUGCUCGAAAAUUUUCUUGAUAUUUGUAAUCAAGUAUUUCAAUAUCGUCAACAACCAAAAUCUAUGAUAGCUAAUGUAUUAAUACGUAUAUUACCACGUUUAGCAUCAUUAAAUUAUAAAUUAUUUUCUCAUCAACCAUAUGUUGAUGCAACAAUGAAUUUUAUAUUUGAACGUAUUAAUUCACGUGAAUUAAAAGAACGUCAAUUAGCAUUUCAUGCAUUAGGUUUAAUGAUAUUAGCUGAUAAAACAAGUCGAAUAAAUGAUACAGAUUUAUUAAUAACAACAACACCAAUAACAAAAGAUAUGUCAAAAAUAUUAGAUUGUUUAAAACAAACAUUUGUACCAAUAUCAUCAGCAAAUACAUCAUUAACAUCAACACAUUCACAUCGUCGUAAUAAUUCAACACAAUUAUCGAAUUUAUCAUUACAACAACAACCAUUAUCAAUGAAUAAUUUAUUAUCAUGUCGAUAUACAUCACCGGAUUCAAGUGUAUUUGCAUGUAUAACAAUGAUUGGUGAAGCUGGACCAGAUGCAUCGAAAUGUUUAGAUACAUUAUUGGAAUAUUUAUUACAUUGUGGUUUAAAUCAUUCAUUAUUAUUUUGUUUAGAUAAAUUAUGUUCAAUGCCAUUAAUACAUACAGAUACAAAACGUAAAAUUCAUCAAGGUUUAUUAGAAAAUCUUCGUUUAAUUUUAUGUAAUUCAUUAUCAUAUAAUACAAAUUUAACAAAUGAACAAAAUGAUAUUAUUAUAAUUGCAUUGCAAACAUUAAGAAUAUUUGAUUUUGAAGCACAAGCUAUUGAACCAUUUUUUAUUGAUAUAUUAAGUCAACGUUUUAUUGAACAUGAUAUUGUACGUAUUAGAAUUGAAUCUAUUAUAACAAUAACACAUUUAUUAAGAAAAUUACUAUCACCAACAUCGCAAACAAUAUUAUCAUCAAAUACAACAUCAUCCUUAAUAGCAGCUAAUAAAUUACGUAUUAAAAUAGGUCAUAUAAUACAACGAAUAUUAACAAUUGGUGUUACAGAUUUAGAUCCUGAUGUACGUUAUAAUGUUUUCUUAACAUUACAAGAUGAUUUUAAACAAUUUUUAGCUAAAUCUGAAGCAUUAGAAUUAUUAUUUUUUUCUGUACAUGAUGAAUGUCAUGAAAUAAGAGAAUUAGCAUUAAGUCUUAUUGGACGUUUAUCAAAUAUAAAUCCAGCUUAUGUUUUACCACCAUUAAGACAUUUAUUAUUACAAUUAUUAACUGAAUUAGAAAUUGGUUGUUCAUUAAGUGGAAAAGAGCAAGCAUCAAGAUUAUUAGGACAAUUAAUUGCAAAUACACCAAGAAUUGUUAGACCAUAUAUGCAAUCAAUUACUCAAGCUCUGUUACCAUUAAUAAAACAACAUGAACAACAUUCGAAUGUUCUUAUGGCUUUAGUACGAACAGUUGGUGAGCAAGCUCAAGUUUGUGGUAUUGAUUUAGAUCAACGUGUACAUGAUCUAUUUCCUAUUCUAAUAAAUAUGAUGCAAGAUACAUCAAAUUAUCGUAAACGUGAAGUUGCUCUAUGGACAAUAGGUCAAAUAGUUGAAAGUUGUUGUUAUGUUAUUGAACCAUUACAAAAAUAUCCUAUUUUACUUGAUGUUCUUUUACAAUUUUUAAAAUCUCCUGAAGAAAUUCCAUUUCGUCGCGAAACUAUACGUGUACUUGGAUUUCUUGGUGCAAUUGAUCCCUAUCAUGUACGUUCAACAAAUGAUCCAUUACGUUCAUUAUCAUUUGAUGUAAAUGAUAUAACAUCAACACAUCGUGUACGUGCACAACCAGAUCCAAUUGAAAUAUCUUCAAAUGAAUUAUUAGUUGCAUCAGGUGCACAAUCCUUACAUGAUUUUUAUACAUCAAUGGCUAUAUAUGUUUGUUUACGUGUAUUAAAAGACCCUAAUAGUCCACAAUUACAUUUAAAAGCAGUUCAAGCUAUAUCAAUUAUUCUUCAAUGGCUAGGUAGUUCAUGUACACAAUAUGUAUCACUUGUAUUACCACGUUUAUUAUCUGUUGUACGUAGUACAGAUGAUAGAAAUUUAGUACCAUAUUUUCGACAAAUAAAUAUAAUAAUAAUAUCAAUAAAAGGUUCAAUUAUACAAUAUGUUAAUGAUGUUGUUCAAUUAAUUCGUGAUUAUUGGGAUACACAUACAGAUUUACAAAUUUUACUUAUACAAACAAUUGAAUCAUUAGCUGCUGCAUUAGAUAAUGAAUUUCGUCAUUAUAUACAUUUAUUAUUACCAUUUGUUAUGAAAACAUUUCGUAUUGAUACAAAUAUAUUAAAUAUAAAUAGUUUAACAACAAAUCAAAAUCAAGAUCGACAAUUAAUAUUAUCACAAAUGUUUUCAACAUUAAAUAAAUUUGGUAAAACAUUAAAACCACAUUUUAAUGUUGUUUUACCAUCAAUAUUAGAUAUAGCAUCAACAAAUACAUAUCCAUUAAAAUUACGACAAGAAGCAUUAGAUACAAUUGAACAAUUAGCUGAUAAAGUUUUCUUAAGUGAUUAUGUAUCAGCUAUAUUACAAAUAUUAUUAAGAAUUAUUCGUAAAACAUCACAAUUACAAAUGAAAUGUUUAGAUAUAAUAUUAAUUAUAGCACAACAAAUGGGUAAACAUUUUCUUGUAUUUAGUUCACUUGUAUCAAAAACAAUGGAUGAUACAAAAUUACAACAUUCAAAAUAUGAAUUAUAUAUAUCUAAAUUAAAAGAUUCAUCAUUUGUUGAUGUACAAACAGAAACAAUAUCAAAUAUAAGUCAUUUAUCAAAUCAAACAACAAAUGAACCAACAAGAAGAAAUGAUGAUAAAGUUUUAUAUACAAUACGAACUGAACAAUUACGACAACAUUGGUUACAAGCUAUGCAAAGAAAUGCGAAAGAUUUACCAAUGUGGUUAAAUAAAUUUCAACAACUUGUUUUAGAACAAUCACCUGUCUAUCCAUUACGUGCAAUGGGUACUUGUUUAGCACAAGUAUCACCAUCAAUUCCUCGAGAUUUAUUUAAUGCAUCAUUUAUAUCAUGUUGGAGUGAAUUAAAUUCUCAAGAUAGACAAAGUUUAACAAGUGUAUUAACACAUGUUUUAUCUGUAAGUGAUAAACCAGAUGUUAUACAAACAAUAUUAAAUUUAGCUGAAUUUCGUAAUCAUUGUGAUUUAAAAUUAAAAUUAGAACGACAACAAAAAACUAAUCGACGUAAUGAAGAUAUAAAUUUAAAUGAUACAAAUGAUGAUAUACAUAAUGAUAAAGACAAAAAUAAAAAAAAAGAUAUGAAUUAUGAUAAUGAUGAUGAUAUUGAACGUUCAUUAAUUAAUAUACAUUUAUUAAGUGAAAAAGCAUUUAUUGUUAGAGCUUAUGCUAAAGCAUUAAGAUAUAAAGAAGAAGAAUUUCAACGACAACAUGAUACAGUAUCAGUUAGUCAAGCAUCAAUUACAUCUGAUAUUGUUGAAUCAUUAAUUAGUAUUAAUCAUGAAUUACAACAAUCAGAAGCAGCUUAUGGUGCAUUACAAUAUGCUAAAAAUAAUAAUAUUAAAAUAAAAGGUCUUUGGUAUGAAAAAUUAAAUCAAUGGGAACGAGCAUUAAGAAAUUAUGAAUUUCUUAAAACAAAUGAUCCAUCUAACAUGGAUAUACAUUUAGGACGUAUGAGAUGUAUGCAAGCACUUGGUUCAUGGUCUGAAUUAAAAGAUUUAGCAUGUCAAAUAUGGGAUAUAACUGAACAAAUUCGUGAUGAACAACAAGUAUCAAUGUUACCAUUUACGACAAGUUUAGUUGAUAGAAAUUCUUCAUCAACAUUAUUAAAUUACAAUCAAGGUAUUAUUAAUGGACGCGAAUUAAAAAAAACUUUACAACAAAAAAUUGCACCUAUGGCAACACGUGCUGCAUGGAGUCUUGGUGAUAUGGCUGAUAUGGAAAAAUAUUAUAUUCAUAUACCAGAUACAAAAUUUGAAGGAGCUUAUUAUCGUGCUGUUGAUGCUAUUAGAAAUGAUAAUUAUAGACAAGCACAAGAUUCAAUUGAUUUAGCAAGAGAAUUAUUAGAUGUUGAAUUAACAACAUUAGCUAAUGAAAGUUAUAAUCGAGCUUAUUCAGCUAUGAUCCAUGCUCAACUUUUAUCUGAAUUAGAAGAAGUAUGGUAUUAUAAAAUAUUACCUGAACGACGUCAAUCUAUAUGUGAAAUUUGGCAAAAACGUAUGCAAGGAAAUCAACCAAUCAUUGAUGAUUACCAUCGUUUAUUAUUAACACAUUCACUUUGCUUACCAAUGGCACAAGAUCUUCAAUCAUGGAUCAAAUUAGCUAAUCUAUGUCGUAAAUCAAAUCGUUUAACAAUGGCUGAUUUUAUAUUCAAAGAAUUGACACAUACAGUUUUAACUAACGAAACAAAUCUUAAUCGCGAUAUAUCAAUUAUAAGUCCAAAUACAUAUCAAUCUCAAGCAUCACAUCUUUAUAAUAUUCAAGCAACAACAACACCAGCAUUUUCAUUACAAUCUCAACAAACAUAUUAUCAUCCAACAUUAAUUGAUCAACAAUUAGUUAAAUAUGAAAAAGCUAAAUAUGAUUGGCAUUGUUUAGUUGCAACACGUGAACGUCUUUUACUUGAAAGACAAAAUCGAAAAGUUUUAAGUAAUGAAAAUAAUCCACAAAAUGAUCCUAGUCAUAAUACAUCAACAUUACCAUCAUCGUCAUCAUCAGCAAGUAUAUCAUCGUCAACAUCAAAUAUUGAAAAUACAAAUAUUAAAAUUGAACAAAAUCGUCAAGAACAAUUGAAAUUAAUUGAUGAUAUGAAAGAAAUGGUUAUUAAAACAUGUUUACCAGCAUUAGAUCAUAUAAGAAAACAAGCAGCAACAACAACUGGAAAUGUACAACAACAAACUAUGAUGGCAUCAAGUGGUGGUGCAACACCAGCUACAUCAGGAACUACAUUAGCUGGAACAGCUCAAAAUGUUAAUACAAUGCCACAAUUAUCUUCACUCUCUGUAGCAACUACAAAUGCAACACCACCAAUAAAUUCUACAGCAUUUUCUCUAAUGACAUCAACAAGUUUAUCAACAUCAACUCAAACAGUUAAUCAACGUGAACAACGUCUUCGUCAAUUAAUAUCAAAAUGUUAUUUACGAUUAGGUACAUGGCAACAUGAAUUAUUUGGUAUGACAGAUGAUAUUAUAUUAGCUGAAAUAAUGAAAAAUUAUGAACAUGCUUGGACAUAUGAUGAUUCAAAUUAUAAAGCAUGGAAUGCUUAUGCUGUACUUAAUUAUGAUGCUGUUAGUUAUUUUAAACAACGUAUACAAGAUUUAUCUCGUAAUAGUCAACAACCACAGCAAACUCCGCCAUCUCCAUCAACACUUGCUGUUGAUUCUCUAGCAUCAUCACCUCGACAGCAACAACAACAGCAACAACAACCGCAACAACAACAAAUUCCACCACCUCCACCACCGUUACCACAGCAACAACAACAACAACAGCAACAAAAUCUUGAGGUACCAAAUGAUGCUUAUCGAGUGUUAACAGCAAAAAUGAUACAUUGUACCAUACCAGCUGUAAAAGGUUUAUUUAAAUCUAUUGUACUUUCAAAAGCUAAACAUUGUUUACAAAAUACUCUUCGUUUAUUAACACUUUGGUUUGAAUAUGGACAAUAUCGUGAAGUAUAUGAAGCAAUUACUGAAGGUAAUCGAACAGUACCUGUUGAAGUUUGGUUACAUGUAUUACCACAAUUAAUUGCACGUAUCGAUUCUCCAAGACCAUUAGUUCAUCAAUUAAUACGUCAUUUACUUAUUGAUGUUGGUCGACAACAUCCACAAGCAUUAAUUUAUCCGUUAGUUGUUGCAUCAAAAUCCGUUGUUCGUGAACGUGAAGUUGCAGCUAAUCGUGUAUUGAAUAAUAUGAGAGAACAUAGUCAUACACUUGUACAACAAGCAUUAGUUGUAAGUGAAGAAUUAAUUCGAAUAUCUAUAUUAUGGCAUGAAAAGUGGCAUGAAGGUUUAGAAGAAGCAUCAAGACAAUAUUUUGGAGAUAGAAGUAUACCAGGUAUGAUUGAAACAUUAGAACCACUACAUGCAACAAUUGAACGUGGAAGUACUACUUUAAAUGAACGUACAUUUCUUGAUUCAUAUAGUAAUGAUUUAACUCAAGCUCAUGAAUGUAUUCGUCGUUUUCAACGAACAAAAGAUCAACGUGAAUUACAUCAAGCAUGGGAUCUUUAUCAUCAAGUAUUUAAACGUAUUCAUGCUCAAUUACCAAAUAUAACAUCUCUUGAAUUAGAUUAUGUUUCGCCACGUUUAGCAACACAUUGCCGUGACUUAGAAUUAGCUGUACCAGGUACUUAUGAACCACAUAAAGUACCAAUAACAAUUCGAAAUGUUCAAUCUCAUAUAACCGUUAUAACAUCAAAACAACGACCAAGAAAAAUUAGUAUAACAGGUUCAGAUGGAUAUGAAUAUGUAUUUUUACUUAAAGGACAUGAAGAUUUACGACAAGAUGAACGUGUGAUGCAAUUAUUUGGUUUAGUUAAUGAAUUUUUAUCAGCUAAUGAUGAAACACGUCGUCGAAAUUUUAUUAUUCAACGUUAUCCAGUUAUACCAUUAGCACCCAAUAAUGGUUUACUUGGCUGGGUUGCUCAAUGUGAUACAUUUCAUGCAUUAAUAAAAGAACAUCGUGAAAAAGCACGUAUUAUGCUUAAUGCUGAACAUCGUUAUAUGCAAGGAAAAGCUCCACAUUAUGAUCAAUUACCAUUAAUAAAUAAAGUUGAAGUAUUUGAAUAUGCAUUAAAUUUAUUAGAAGGUGAUGAUUUAGCUAAAAUUUUAUGGCAUAAAAGUUCAAGUGCAGAAAUAUGGUUAGAUAGACGAUCAAAUUAUACACGAUCAUUAGCAGUUAUGUCUAUGGUUGGUUAUAUAUUAGGUUUAGGUGAUCGUCAUCCAUCAAAUUUAAUGCUUGAUCGUGCAAGUGGAAAAGUGGUUCAUAUCGAUUUUGGUGAUUGCUUUGAAGUAGCUAUGACAAGAGAAAAAUUUCCUGAAAAAAUUCCAUUUCGUUUAACACGUAUGUUACGUAAAGCAAUGGAAGUUACUGGAAUUGAUGGCACAUUUCGUAUGACAUGUGAACAUGUUAUGGAUGUAUUAAGAAAAAAUCGUGAUAGUCUUAUGGCUGUAUUAGAAGCAUUUGUUCAUGAUCCAUUACUAAAUUGGCGUUUAUUAGAAAGCAAUAAUAAUGAACAAAAUAUUGCUAUAUCAACAACAAGUAAUCGUUCACCACAAACAGGUCAACAACAGCAACCACAUUAUCAACCACAUUUAUCAACUGUUAAUGAAGAAGAUAAUGAACAUGAAAGUACACUUGGUGGUGGAGCACAACAACAACAAAAUGUUCAACAUGUUGUUACACAACCUGGUAGAACAAUACGAGCUGUAGAAAUAAUGAAUCGUGUACGAGAAAAGUUAACUGGAAGUGAUUUUCAUCGUGAUCAACCUGUUGAUAUUCCAACACAAGUUGAAUUACUUAUUAAGCAGGCAACCAGUCAUGAAAAUCUUUGCCAAUCUUAUAUCGGUUGGUGUCCAUUUUGGUAA